AUGCUGUUGUGCCUACACCACAUCCCAUAUUGCUCUCUCUCUCUAUCCCGUGUCGCUCUGCCACAACCCACCCACCCCCUCUUUUACUACUUGUGUGUGCCGCUCAUCGCGUGCAUGUGCCGUAUGGGCUUUCCGAAAGGAAACGGCUGGCCCCAUGUCCUCCGCCUAUCGGGAGCCACUGCCCUCUCUCUUCUCUGUGUAACCUCGAACGUCGUUCGUGCGCGUGGCCUGAUACGUUGGUUCGUGCCUUCGCUGCUGCUCGUCUCGCUCUUCAUGCACCGCGCCACACACGGCUUCUCUCGUUCCUCGUGUGUCCAAAGCUCAGCACUGGCCGACGUGCCAGCGGCGGCAACGUUGGCCCACGCGCGACACGUUUCAGAGACCUACCCGCGAUUCGUCUCUCCCUCAGUGAAACUCCCAGAGCUGCGGGCGCCCGCGCCGAUCCUGCGUAGCGGCAAUGCCAACGCAAGCGCGAAAGUGUCGGAAUCCAGCAGAGUCCUCGAAGGUACGCGGUGCGCGAUCCGAAAGACACCCCGUGAGGUCGAGUUUCCGGCUGCAGAGGAUCGGCCGUGCCUUCCGUUCCCACUAGAGCCCCUCAAGUCUACUUCACAGCCCUUCACUCCGAGCAAGUUGGUCAGCAGUGACGAUCCUCCGUCGCUGGUUCUCAAGAAAGGCGUGGCAGAGCUCCAAAAGGAGUCUCACCUCUGCGACACCGGCACCGUGGAGUCGCUGCUGUCGCGGCAGCAGUACGUCGAUGUGUAUUUUGUCGCCUCUUCCCUUCUCACUGUCGGCAAUGGGGCGGCCAAGGUGGCGGCGGGGGGAGAAAAACGUCGUCUGCACCUUCUCAGCCACCGCUGCCUCUGCAGCUAUGCCUUGCUGCGGUUCAAGGAGUGCUGCGAGGACGGCACAGCUGCUUUGGCACUGUACCGACACUUGCAAGGUGACAGCAGCUUCUCGUCGCUCGGCAUGCUUGAUGAGGUGCUGCAUAGCCGAGUCGUACAAGCACUGCUAGGCGCGCUUGUCAUGCGCGAGCUGUACAGCGAUGCGGCAGUGCUGCUGGCAAGUGUGCCGCCUGUGCUGGACACUGGAGGUGAUACGUCGUCGAAAGACUUCGGCGGCAUACCUUCGCCGCUGCUCGUCGCAACACGGCAAGACACCCUAGCGUCUUUGGCGUCGUUUCGCCAGUGCGUGGCGGCGCGGCGUUGGGUCGAGGCCGUGCAGAUCAUCGACGGUAGUGCCACCGCACAGAGCUGGGCGCAGGCGACUCCGUUGUGUGCUAUGGUUGCUUUCGUACGACUCGAGAUGGACGACCCGAAGGCGGCCCGAGCACUGCUGCUGCCCUACCUCGCUUCUCUUCCUGAGCCGCCGUCGUGGGAGGCGCUCUCUACUGCGCCCGUCGAGCACGCGCAGCUCUGGGACAAUUUCACCUCUCACUAUGUCUUCUCCACGACUCUGCUCGCCAAAGCUUCGUUCAUGUCUGGUAGCGCGUACCUCAACAUAUCCGCGGCUCUGCUGCAGCGUGCACUGAGGCUCAGCCCCUCUUACGCACCGGCACGCCUGUUUGCCGAGUUCGUGCUCUCAUUCGAGGCACAGCAGCAGCACGUCGACGCUGCCGUGUCUGCCAGCGACUACCCAAAGGUGUUGUCGGUGACGGCCGAGAUGCUGCGCAUGCCGGAGGUCACAAGGCUUGUGCGCGCCGAGCUGUAUCUGGUGCGCACCCAGGCCCAAUGGAUGCGCGGACAGCCGCUGGAGGUGGUGCACGAAGCCUCGCGGUGCGAGCAGUGCGACCCGCAAUGUGCACUCGCGUUUCGGCUACGGGCCGACGCCUUUGCGAUGAUGAGCAGAGAGACGGAGGCGGCUGCAGACCUCGCCGUGGCGAAGCAUCUGAACGCGAGGGUCGGUGCUCUCUUUGAUGAGCUGCAGGUGCAGCGCUCGCGUCGCAACGCCGCACAGGUGGAAGCAAAGGCAAAGAGGAACUCCGUUCCGGCAUUCAAAUCGUUCCCAUCAGCGUCAGCACCGCUGCGCUCGUCAGCGACGGAGAGCUUCUGCGGCAGCACCCGCAGAUCGGGCGCCCAGGCGCGGAUGUCCACCGACACGGAACUUUCGCCAUCACUGCGGACGCACUACGACGUCCUGGGCGUCUCUAGCAACGCCUCCGAGGCUGAGAUCCGAAGGCGCUAUCGCCGACUCACCCUUCAACUGCACCCAGACCGGCUCGUCGGUGCAGCGGAGAGCGAUCGGCGAGCCGCGCUCGAGGCAUUCCAGCUUCUGGGAAACGCCUACAGCGUUCUCUCUGACACGCAGCUCCGCGCCACCUACGAUGCCGGGCUGCCCGGCCUCCAUUGA